CGAAGGUUGAACAGAAGAACAACAUAUGGCUACUUCUCCGUUGCCUCUCUCCAAAAGAAGCCCAGCUAAAUCUCCUUCCAAGAGGAAGGUAUUGGAGAUCCAGAAAAAGCUGUUGCGGAAAAGCCCACCGGGUCUGAAAUCUAAAAAGAUGAAGAAAAUGGAAACUGGGAAUACCAAGAGCAAGAAGUCACAAAUAUGCUAUGCAUUGAAUGUGGCAUUCUCUGCCAUGGAGCGAGCGGAAGAAGUUCAAGCAAAUCUAGCCACCAAAUUCCCAAGCUUUGUUAAGCCUAUGCUCCCAUCACAUGUAACUGGUGGAUUUUGGCUGAGUUUUCCUAAGCAUUUCUGCGAUCAGCAUUUGCCAAAGACUGAUGAGACUGUUGUGCUGGUGGAUGAAGAUGAACAAGCUUACAAAACAAAAUAUCUGAUAGAUAAGAAUGGAUUAAGUGGCGGGUGGAGAGGAUUCUCUAUUGCACAUAAAUUGCUCGAGGGAGAUGUUUUAGUUUUCCAGUUAAUUGAACCAUGCAAAUUUAAGGUUUACAUUGUGAGAGCAAAUGAUUUAACUGAAAUUGAUGGGGCUAUUGGCCUUCUAACAUUAGAUGCUGUUGCAAAACCGUUGAACAUUGGUUGGCAAGAGAAGGAUAUGAUAAUUUGUGAAACAGCAGGUGAAAAAUGGCCCGUGUCUCUUCCACUAGACAGUCAUCGAGAUAGUAUCCAAGAGAAAGGCAUGAUGGCGUUAGAUGCUGAUUUUACACCUGCGGCAGAUCUGUCUGGAAAUGACAGUGAUGAUUUUGGAUCAGAAGUGUUUGAUGGCAUCAGAUUUUCAGACACCGAUGUUGAUUUCAAAGAAGUAAAGUGUAUUGAGGACUUUAAUAUCAGUGUGGAUGGUUUGAUUAUCAACUCUGUCAUACCCAUACACCUGCGGACCAAGUAUUAUGAGCUCUGCUGCAGUCAAAAAUCUUAUCUUCACAACAAUCUUCUCAAGGGCCUGAACUGCAACUUAGUUGCUGGAAUCAUUUCUGAAACUGUUAACAUUGCCGAUGCUAUUAAAGCUUGCAAGCUUUCGACUUCUCGUGAUAGUUUUGAGGCUUGGGACAAGACUCUGAAAGGGUUUGAGGCUUUAGGCAUGGCAGUUGGAUUCUUACGUGCACGUCUGAAUAGGCUUGUUAUCCUUUCAUACGAAACACCAAUGGUCAUAGAAUCAAAAAGACUUGAGCGGAUGCAAGCGGAAGAAGAGAUGAGAACACUCGAAGAAAAACUUUCCAAUAUGAAAGGGAGGAUCCGAACUCUUCACGUUGAGAUUGAGUCUCUGAAGGUCCCAGAUGAGAGGAGUGAGCUUACAUUCCAGGAAGAGGCUGGUGCUCCAUGGUAAUAGCCAUCUUCGGUACAUGCCACUGUUGUAUAGUCC